AAUAAUUAAUAUGAGAUUAUUGGUUCAUAAUUUGUUAAUGUGUAAUAAAUGUGAUAAGAACAAUUAUCCACUAAAAAUAGAGGUGAAUAAGAGUGUUAUAAUGGAAUUAGAGUUUAAAAAAGAUGCAAUUUUAAAGUUAAUUCCAAAACUUGAUUUUGAAGUAUUAUCAAAUACAGUCAGAGAAGUAAAAGAAUGAAUUAUAAAAAUAGCUUGGUUUCAAAUAAUUUCCAAAAUAAAUUCCUCCAAAUGUUGAAUAAGAUUUAGCCUUUUUAAAAGACUUACAUAGAGUUUUAUUUGAGGUAAUAAUUUAAAGAAAGAAUUAAAAAUAGACUCAUAUAAUGGAUGGCUAAUUAACUUGUCCAAAUCCAUCUUGUAAAAGAAAUUAUCCAAUCACAAAUGGAAUUCCAAAUAUGAUCCUAACAGAAGAUGAACAAUGAUAUAAAUUGAUAAUUUGUCAAUAAUAAU